AUGGAAAGGAAAGUAGAGAAAGAGCUUAAAGAGGCUCAAGACGAUCUUCAGGAGGCAAUAAGCUCAGAAAAAGCUAGAGCUGCUUCUGUUUCUGAACUAAAACAACAAUCUAUAGAUAUGGAAAAAUCAAUGGGAGCUUUCCAAACGGAAUCUGAAGCUGCCAAAAACCGGAUCUGGUGGAAAAGUGCCAAAUGGAUAGCCAUAGCUUCCAUUCUAAUCAUCCUUAUCUUUGGCACUCUCUUCUUUUUUAUAGCCAGUAAGCUCAAAGGCACCUUCUCCUCCGAUUCCCCACCCGACACUGACCAAUAA